UGUGGUUUCUCUAAGCGCGGCUGAACAGAACUGCGAUACCACACGCGUCCGAGCAACCUGCGCUAUCGGGGGAUUUAAACACUACUCAGCGCUAGAACCCAAACCGCUUCUCUGGAUCUGCCGCAGGACGCUCGCUUACGGGAUUAUUGUUUAUUUGUUUAUUUGAACAAGAAGAUGUGAGUUUUUUUGUGUGAAUGCACGAUAAGAAAGAGAGGAACUCCAUCGCUGAUCAAGGUACACUUGAGGAAGAAGGAGAAGACGAAGCCGCUAAACAACUGAAGAUAUGAAGCUGAAGGGCUUUUGAAGACAAGCGAGUGAGACAUCCUGUUUGAAGACCACAGCCUUCUCUUCGUGGGGCCUCGGCACUCCAGCCAGGUCAAAGGUCGCCCCGGAGCAAGAUGGCCGCCGGCGGUCCACCCUGCCUCCGUCUGCCGGCCCUGCUGCCCCUCAGCACUCUGUUGCUCUGUAUGCUGCUUACUGGCUUCCAUGCCUUAUCACCACCAAGAUUCACUAAAGUUCCCGUAGACCAGAUUGGCGUAUCUGGGGGUGUGGUCUCAUUCGUGUGCCAGGCGACAGGAGACCCUAAGCCCCGGGUGAGCUGGAACAAGAAGGGGAAGAAAGUCAACUCCCAGCGCAUUGAGACUAUAGAGUUCGAUGAGGGUGCCGGCGCCGUCCUUCGGAUCCAGCCUCUACGAGCGCCGCGGGACGAGAACAUCUACGAGUGCGUGGCGGAAAAUAGCGAGGGUGAGGUCAACGUUAACGCCAAGCUGUCCAUAAUCAGAGAGGACUUGCUCCCGGGAGGAUUCCCCAACAUAGACAUGGGUCCCCAGCUGAAGGUGGUCGAGCGGACCCGGACGGCCACCAUGCUCUGUGCUGCAAGCGGCAACCCCGACCCAGAAAUCACCUGGUUUAAGGACUUUCUGCCCAUAGACCCCAACGCAAGUAACGGGCGAAUCAAACAGCUGCGCUCAGAAGCCUUUGAGGGUACCCCCAUCCGAGGUGCCCUGCAGAUUGAGAACAGCGAAGAGACGGACCAGGGGAAGUACGAGUGUGUGGCGUCUAACGUGGAAGGCGUGCGUUACUCAUCCCCUGCUAACCUAUAUGUGCGAGAGCUUCGAGAAGUCCGCCGUGUGCCCCCUCGCUUUUCUAUCCCACCGACCAGUCACGAGAUGAUGCCAGGUGGCAGUGUGAACAUCACCUGUGUGGCGGUAGGGUCGCCCAUGCCGUAUGUCAAAUGGAUGCUCAACUCCGAGGACCUAACGCCCGAAGACGAGAUGCCAGUGGGUCGGAAUGUUCUGGAGCUCAACAGCGUGCGAGAGUCUGCCAACUACACAUGUGUGGCCAUGAGCAGUCUGGGCAUCAUCGAGGCGGUGGCGCAGAUCACCGUCAAGUCCCUGCCCAAGCCUCCAGGCACCCCAAUGGUGACCGAGACCACGGCCACCAGUGUCACCAUCACCUGGGACUCGGGCAACCCGGACCCAGUGUCCUAUUACAUCAUCCAGUACCGCGCCAAGUCUCCCGACAGCAAGUUUGAGACCAUGGACGGCAUCACCACUACGCGAUACAGCAUUGGGGGCCUCUACCCCAACACGGAGUACGAGAUCCGCGUCUCGGCCUUUAACACCAUUGGCCAGGGUCCCCCCAGUGAGCCGGUGGAGACCCGGACCGGGGAACAAGCCCCGGCCAGUCCGCCCCGCAACAUCCAGGCCCGGAUCAUCUCUCAGAACACCAUGAUGGUGCGCUGGGACGAGCCAGAGGAGCCCAACGGACAGAUCAAAGGGUACCGGGUGUACUACACCAUGGACCCGUCCCAGCCCAUGAGCCUAUGGCAAAUCCAUAAUGUCCAGGAUAGCAUCAUCACCACCAUCCAGAGCCUGGUGGCAUCUGAGACCUACACCAUCCGUGUCUUGGCCUUUACCUCGGUGGGGGACGGGCCCUUCUCCGACCCCAUCCACGUCAAAGUGCUGCAAGGAGUCCCCGGACAGCCAACAAAGUUCCAGGUUGGUGCUGUGUCCGACACAAGCAUGGAGUUGACCUGGGAACCUGCCUUCCAGAAAGAGGGGAUCAUCAGCUUUGAACUCCGGUACAAAGAGGGCACUUUUGGGAGCCAGGUGACCAAAACUUUUGUCCCCACUGCUUCGUACGUCGUUGAGGGUCUGCGGGCGAACACCGAGUACUACUUCUCUCUGGCUGCCAUUUCCAACAAAGGCAUUGGAGCCUUCACCAACGAAAUAUCCCAGAAAACCUUGCAAGCCAAGCCCUCAGCCCCCCCUCAAGAUGUUAAGUGCAGCAGCUCCAGCUCCACCUCCCUGCUGGUAAGUUGGCGCCCCCCGCCUGUGGAGAGCCAGAAUGGCGCCCUGGCGGGGUACCUAGUACGCUACCAGGUGGUGGGAGCCUCCGUUGAGGGUGGCAGUGCCGGGGAGCCCAUGGAGGAGCCAGCCGUGCUGCCCAGUGAUGGGAAGGUGGUGCUGCAGAAGCUGGAGAAGUGGACCCAGUACAGCAUCACCCUGGCCGCCUUCACUGAGAUUGGGCCAGGCCCAGAGAGCGAGCCCCUGCUGUGCCGCACCGACGAGGAUGUUCCCGGAGCUCCUCCUAGGCGGGUCGAGGUGGAGGUGCUCAACUCCACGGCGCUCAAGGUCAUGUGGCGCUCCCUGUCGCCGGGGCGACAGCACGGCCAGAUCCGUGGUUACCAGGUGCACUAUGUGCGUGUGGAGAACGGGGAGUCGCGCGGCCUGCCCCUCAUCAAGGACGUCAUGCUUGCCGAUGCCCAGUGGGAAACAGACGAUACAGCCGAAUAUGAAAUGGUCAUCGGAGGGCUACAGUCUGACACCACCUACUCCAUCACAGUAGCUGCGUACACCACGAAGGGAGAUGGAGCACGCAGCAAACCCAAACUGGUGGUAACCAAAGGAGCAGUGCCUGGGCCACCCUCUCUGUCGGUGGCUCAGGAUUCAGAGACGUCGGCCGUGGUGUGCUGGGACGCACCCGAUGUUAUGAUCCCUGGCAUGGGGCUGCAGGGUUACCGGCUUCAGUUUGGCCGCAAAGACGUGUCCCCCCUGGCUAGUCUGGAGUUCACCCCACAGGAGAGGCAGUACACGGUGGCUAGUGUCCACCGCGGUGCCACCUACCUCUUCAAAGUCCAGGCCAAGAGUCGGGGGGGCUUCGGUGAGGAGGCGACAGCCGAACUGCAGGUGCCCGAACACACACCCCAGGGGUACCCCCAAAUCAGAGAAACCUCCAACGUGACCUGCUGCUCGGUGGAAUUGUCAUGGUCGCCCCCGGUGCUGGCAGAGCGCAACGGGGACAUCACAGAGUACACGCUAGCAUACCAGGAGAAGGGCUUGGGGGGCGCGCCCCGGGAACUCAGCCUGCCCGCAAGCCAGUCCACCUACGUGCUCAACAGCCUCAAACCCAACUCGGCGUACGACGUGAAAAUACGCGCACACACGAGUGUAGGUCCAGGGCCCUACAGCCCGCCGAUCCAGUAUCGGACAGUGGCGUUUGAGACAGAUGUACCAAAGAACUUCACGGUGAAGUGGGUAACCAAGACGACAGUGUUGCUAACAUGGAAGUUUGUUGAGAGGCGGUUCCCAUUUCGGUGCACGAUCGAGUACAACCGUCAGAAGAUGGACGUGGAUGCCCGGCUGACCAAGGCGCUGGUCACCAGCCUGCGGCCCAACACCACCUAUGAGUUCCGGGUCACGUGUCAGGAGAACACAGAGGGUGGCCCUCGCCACCGUGUGGUCGCUCGGACCACACCACCCAUCCUGGUCAAGAAGCCCAAGCUGGACCUCUACUCGGAGCCAGACAACAUUCUGACCAUGGGUUUCGCCCCGGUAGAGACCAAGGACAUCAAGGACUUCUAUGUGGUGGCGGUACCACUAAAGAAGGGUUUGGGGACUGCACGACAUCUCAAGAACCCAGACGAAAUGGACUUGGAAGAGCUGCUGAGGGACAUCACCCCGAAGCGUCGCACCAGGCGUCAGCUGAGCCAGGCGGAUGGCAAGAAGCCCUACAUCACAGCCUGCUUCAAGCAGCUCCCCACCUCGUUCACCCUGGGCACAGAGCACCGCCACAGCAGCUGUGAGAGUAAACCUCUGGAGCCCGGGCAGGAAUACGUCUUCUUCCUACUGGCUGAGCUCAACACCACCGCCGUGAAAAUGUUUGCAGCCAGCCCAUAUACAGACUUAGUGGUGACCCCAGAACUUGAGGCUGAUCCUCUGCCCAUGGAGACAGGUGGGGACGGCCUCAUCUGGGUGGUGGGGCCCGUCCUGGCCGUAGUCUUCAUCAUCUGCAUCGUCAUCGCCAUCCUCCUCUACAAGAACAGCAAACCUGACAGCCGUAAACGAAAGGAGUCAGAGCCCAGAACAAAAUGUCUGCUGAACAACGCAGAGAUCACCCCACACCACCCCACAGACCCAGUGGAGAUGAGACGCAUUAACUUCCAGACCACAGGUAUGAUGAGUCAUCCCCCCAUUCCUAUUGCGGAGCUGGCUGAACACACGGAUCUUCUCAAAGCCAACGACAACCUGAAACUCUCCCAGGAGUAUGAGUCCAUCGAUCCAGGCCAGCAGUUUACGUGGGAACACUCCAACCUGGAGGUGAACAAGCCUAAAAACCGCUACGCCAACGUCAUCGCCUACGACCACUCCCGCGUCAUCCUCGCACCCAUCGAAGGUAUUACCGGCAGUGAUUAUAUCAACGCCAACUACAUAGACGGCUACAGGAAGCAGAAUGCCUACAUGGCUACACAGGGCCCGCUGCCCGAGACGUUUGGGGACUUCUGGAGGAUGGUGUGGGAACAGAGGGCAGCCACUGUGGUCAUGAUGACCAGACUGGAAGAGAAAUCACGGAUCAAGUGUGACCAGUACUGGCCCAGUCGAGGCACAGAGACCUAUGGUAUGACCCAGGUGACUCUACUGGACACCAUAGAGCUGGCCACCUUCUGUGUUCGCACUUUCUCCCUGCACAAGAAUGGCUCCAGUGAGAAGCGGGAGGUCCGUCAGUUUCAGUUCACUGCGUGGCCCGACCACGGGGUCCCCGAGUACCCCACCCCCUUCCUGGCCUUCCUCCGUCGGGUCAAGACCUGUAACCCCCCAGACGCAGGCCCCAUCAUCGCCCACUGCAGUGCGGGCGUGGGGAGGACGGGCUGCUUCAUUGUGAUCGAUGCCAUGCUGGAGCGUAUCAAGCAUGAGAAAACAGUGGACAUCUAUGGCCACGUGACCCUGAUGCGUUCGCAGCGGAACUACAUGGUGCAGACGGAGGACCAGUACAGCUUUAACCACGACGCGUUGCUGGAGGCGGUGGCGUGCGGCAACACGGAGGUGGCGGCCAGGAGCCUGUUCUCCUACAUCCAGAAGCUGGCCCAGGUGGAGACGGGCGAGCACGUCACCGGCAUGGAACUGGAGUUUAAGCGCCUAGCCAACUCCAAGGCCCAUACGUCCAGGUUUAUCAGUGCCAACCUACCCUGCAACAAGUUCAAGAACCGUCUGGUGAACAUCAUGCCCUACGAGACCACCCGCGUCUGCCUGCAGCCAAUCAGGGGCCUCGAGGGCUCAGACUACAUUAACGCCAGCUUCAUCGACGGAUACAGGCAACAGAAGGCCUACAUUGCAACGCAGGGCCCAUUGGCAGAGACCACAGAGGACUUCUGGAGGAUGAUGUGGGAGAACAACUCCACUAUUGUAGUCAUGCUCACCAAACUCCGAGAGAUGGGCAGGGAAAAGUGUCAUCAGUACUGGCCCGCUGAGCGUUCGGCCAGGUACCAGUACUUUGUGGUGGACCCCAUGGCUGAGUACAACAUGCCCCAGUACAUCCUCCGAGAGUUCAAAGUCACCGAUGCAAGGGACGGGCAGUCCAGGACAGUUCGUCAGUUCCAGUUCACUGAUUGGCCGGAGCAGGGGGUACCCAAGUCAGGAGAAGGCUUCAUAGACUUCAUAGGCCAGGUGCACAAAACCAAGGAGCAGUUUGGCCAGGACGGACCCAUCUCUGUCCACUGCAGUGCGGGGGUUGGCCGGACCGGUGUCUUCACCACACUCAGCAUUGUGCUGGAGAGGAUGCGCUAUGAAGGCGUGGUAGACAUCUUUCAGACGGUCAAGAUGCUGCGGACACAGAGGCCGGCCAUGGUCCAGACAGAGGAUGAAUAUCAGUUUUGCUACCAGGCGGGUCUGGAGUACCUAGGAAGCUUUGAUCACUAUGCAACGUAAGAAUCCAUCUCGUCCCCCAAAUCCUAUGUCCCCCUCAACAGUCUCCUGAGCCAUAGAAAUGAAAACAACAACAGCAGCCAGAAAACUAAAUUCAACCAACAGAAUAGCAAACGAAUUGUAGAUUAUUAUUUUUUAUUUUUUUUAAAGUCAACAAUAGUGCAAUUCCAAUUGGACCCAAUGGACUUUGAUGUCGGUGAGGAAACCGUAAAUGACUCCAUCAGCAGAACUAAUUGACGCCCUCACUCUGAAGAAAGGAACCAAAAGUGGUGGCUCAAGCUGUGGGGUGGGAAUAAUUAAAGUGUUGGACUGCUAACCUUACCUCAAGUGUUCAGAUGUGGAGGUGGACAAUGUAAACAUUUCGUGGACAUCUAUUAAAAAUUAACUACGUUACAAACAAUACAACAGUGAAUGAAGGAAAAAACCAACUGGGAAAAACGGAGAAAAUGGUGGAGUGGAUGUAGCUUUAAAUGGGGAAGCACCGUUUCUACCAUGUAAGGACAGAGGUUCACAGUGUUUAUAAACACUUCUGAUGGAAAACUGUGGUUGCCUGUGAAACACAGAUGAUUGUCCCCAAAAUGUCAGACACCUCUGAUGAGACAAACACACUGAGUUAACAGUAAGGUACUGGCAACAGAAGUCGACCUCCAUUCGGGACCCCCUACCACACUCAUCCUUCUCUCUAAGCAAGAUAACUUCUACUGCCCAUAGUUCUGUUUCAACCUUAGAAGCUCAACUCCCAACAUGUCCAUCAUCUCGUACAAAGGGCAGCCCUAUAACCCUUCAACUCUUUGGGCUAAGAGGAGCUUCUGCAGUACAGAAUAUUCCGGGGGAAAGUGAUGAAGGUGUCAUAUAGUGUCUGCCAGCGGUGGAUAAUGCCGAUUCAAUCAACUUACCGUUUCCGUUUCUCCAUCACUUGACGUGUGGAGCUUCUUGAGGACAAACCCCAACAUGUUUAUACAGUAACCACUGACAUAGUUCUCUUAGCCUCAGUCACCAUGGAAACUGGGUGAAAAGAGACCACUCUUGCAAGACCAGAUGAAUGACAAUGAAGUCCCUUGACUUUUUACUGUCACUCUUCGUUCAGGACUAGUUUUUACUGGUGCAGGGCCCAACAUAUUGACCGAGUGGAAUCACCACAGGAGAACUUGGCAUGGUGAAUGGUGGCAACUGAGCUCUCUUUGCAAACUUGUACAGUGACCAACAACCCAUUGUAAUCAUUUGUUAAUUUUGUCUUACAAUUACUUGUAUUUCUGGGGGUUUUCUGUCAAUACUAAACAUGCUGCUUAUUCUCCUGUAUGCUGUAAGUGUGACUGUGGUAUGGGAUGACAAUGGAGGUGCCUGGUCUGGUGUCAGUUUGCACCCAUGCGACUGAAACUGAAAGUGCAUCCACAUGCCCCCCCCCUCCCUCCCUCCCCCAUCAACUCCUCUCGGCCUCCUCUGGACUCACUGUCUCACACGACAUUCAUGUCCCAAGCUUGACUUAAAGAGAGAGACUAGCUCUCUACUAACAGUGGAAGGACAGUGGUUGUGAGGAACUGAGUUGAUAACCCAGAGAAAGGUUCCUGUCUUUUCUCUUCCACCUAUUGGCCAAAGGCCACUGUGGAUGACUGGCCAAAGGCCACUGUGGAUGAGUGGUCAAAGGCCACUGUAGAUGACUGGCCAAAGGCCACUGUGGAUGACUGGCCAAAGGCCACUGUGGAUGACUGGCCAAAGGCCACUGUGGAUGACUGGCCAAAGGCCACUGUGGAUGACUGGCCACAGGCCACUGUGGAUGACUGGCCACAGGCCACUGUGGAUGACUGGCCACAGGCCACUGUGGAUGACUGGCCACAGGCCACUGUGGAUGACUGGCCACGGGCCACUGUGGAUGACUGGCCACAGGCCACUGUGGAUGACUGGCCACAGGCCACUGUGGAUGACUGGCCACAGGCCACUGUGGAUGACUGGCCACAGGCCAUUGUGGAUGACUGGCCAAGGGCCACUGUGGAUGAUGUGAAAGUUAUGUCCACGAUAAAAAUGACUUGCACAUCACAAAACUUGAAAUCUAAACAAUCUAAACAAUAGCAGGUCCGAUUCUACCCACCAUGUACACGUGUCUGACAAAAACAAGCCCUCAAAGCCCGCAAUUGUAUUUUUUCUCAGAGGUCUGUGCUUUGGUAUACCCAGGAGUAUGCUUUUACGAUGGAUUCUGGGAAGGUUUUGGGAUUGGUAUGUACACUAACAGAGUGAUGAACGGAACUGUUUGUAGUCUUUCUUAUUUCCAAAAAAAGCCUUAUUGUUAUUGUAACAUUAUGGAAACAUGAAUGUUGUGUUAUUGAUGACUAUUGUUAUUUUACUUUACAUAGCUUACUUUCAAUUUUUUUAUUUUUUGUUUCGGUUUUUUAACAGAGAUAUUGUAUCACAUUUUUUUAAAUUAGCAGGAAAAAAAUGUAGGCUUAUAUGUUCAUAUUAUGUUAAAAGACAUUAUAUUUUUUCACUAUAGAAAUGUUAUGUAUAACUUGUGGAUGUGUGCAUAUAUAUAUAUAUAUAUCACACAUUCAUAUAUAUUUAAAUGAAGAAUAUAAAGAUGUAUACAAACAUAUUUUUUUCUGUUUCUUAUUUGUAGGUAUUUUUUACCAUAAACUUUCAUUUUGCUCAUGUAAAAUGCUGAUGGAUUUGUUUUGUAGCCAUGAACUUAACCUUGGGAAAUAUUGUGUGUUUCUCUGGAAACAAUUAGCGGAGGUGUCUGGCCCGGGCGCCGCUCCUGCAACCCUUUUUAAAUCCUACCACUUGGUAGACCUGUGCCGAUAAGGAGAUGGUGUCUUUUUAAUUGUUGUUGAAAUUACUAUUAUCAUUAGCUAACAAUAGUCAUGUAUUUGUUUGAGUAUUAUUUUCAUAUGUAGUAGAUGAAAUAGUCUACAAAGCAUUCAAUUGGAGGAAAGGUCUAACCCAUUUUGCUGAAUUUGCCAGACUAAAGGUGCUGUACUUUUUGACCAUGUACAGACCGUCAUCUCCCUCUUUCUCAGAAGUCCAUCAUUUCCUCCUCUUUCUUUUUCUUUUUCUUUUCAGACACAACACGAUCAUCCAUUUGUUAGAUAUCAACUAUAAUCCAGAAUAUAACACCUGUAAAUAAACAAACAUAUAGAUUAUAUGUAUUUGUUUGAUUUAACUCUCAACGCUCUCUUACUUCAGAUCAAAUACUGAACUGCAAAGAUAAGGUUCUGCUUAUUGCAAAGUUCACAGUGUAAAGUGUACUUUCUCCCUUUGUAACAUUUGUAGUCCACUCUGCUCUCUGUUCUUAAGUCCCCUCCCUCUCUGUUAAGAGAGGUCAAUGACGACCCAUAACUUUUGCCUCAGCACAGGUUUCUUGCAAUCAAAAUGGCGCCUGCUCUCUGGCCCCAAAGUGAACAGGGCUGGGAAACGGUAACCAAAGGACUAUUCCUUUCCAAAACAAAAGCUCUAUCUUUCCAUCCCCAAAAAAGGAGAAGUGCUCUAGUUCCCAACUGCCUAAAAAGCCAAGAAGUGGAUUGUCCAUUGGCAGUCAUAGAGAGAAACAAGAGAUUUUCUCUACUACUUAGCAACUGGUCAUAGUGCGAUGACACAGCCAUUAAGGGCAAAGUACUACAGUACACUACCACUGACCCUGAAUCAUGACAUGAUGUAAGAGGGUUCAUUAUACUGUAAGAACCUAGUACCAUACUGUGUUCAUUCUUAUUAUUAUUUUUAUGUUUUGUUACGGGAUGCAGAAUGAGUCAGGACUGAAUGAGAAGGAGCCGUGUGAUGCAAAGACUAGGACGAAGGAAGACGAAACAACAAAGACAUUUCCAGCAUAUCCUUUUCAAGUGGGAAUCGCAGACUUUUUCAUAUGAACAAAUCUUGAAAUUAUCUUGAAAUUAGGACUUUUUUAUGACUGAAUUCAAAGACUGGUUAAGGGCCAAUGACAAAAAACAAGACUGGACAUCUUUGGAAGUUUGUGCGAUGUGCUACUCUUUGACUUCAUGUUAAGAUACCAGACUUUUGACAACAAUAGCAGCCAAAUCUACUGGAAUGUUCAACCGAGGUUUUGAAAUUAACAAAAGAGAAAAAUUACUAUAAAAUAAUAGAACCUAUACGUACAACAGCCAACAAAAAGAUAAAAAACCUAAGCUCAAUCAAAAUAGUUUUUCUUUGUAUGAGGGCCAAGUGCUAUCGCUUUCAAACUGUUACUUCUAACUGAAACAAUGAUUGGUUAAAAACCACUGUGUAUGUAGAUAUGUUGACUUUGUAUUAAAAAAAUGUUGUCUGAA